AAAUGUUACAAAUACUCAUCAUUUCGUCCACCACAGGGUGGCCCAUCAUAAGCCACCCAAUAAUACCUACUCCUCUAUCUCAUGCCAGCCAGAUAGAUUGAAGCAUUUCAAUCAUUAGCCAACGUUAUAGUUUGCCUUACAGGAGUGGCAUGGCAAUGCGACCACCUGCUGGCGCUUUCGCCUACCUAAGCGUUCAUCAAUCAAUCUGUGCGCCCGACCGCGCCGCACCAGCUGUGGCGCGUCGGCAAUGUAGGUACAAUGUGUGUUUUGUUGGGACAUCUCUCCACUCGCCACCAUCACCGACAGCGCUCUUAUUCCUUUUGCAGAAGGUAUAUGGUGUAUGGAACGACAAAGCGCGUCCUCGUUGUGUUCUGUGUGUUGUUUUCGUUGUCGUUCUCGGUGACUUCUGAUGACUUAUCCUGGCUCUGUGUGUCAGAAGUGUUGACGAUGACAUUUUUUUUCUGUAAGCUUUUUGUUGGGUCGCUCUGUGUGAAAUUAAUGAUCCAGUGGCACCUUUUUUGUGCUCCUGAUGGGUGAGUGGAAUAUGGGUAGGGUAGGAAUCCUUUUUUUGUCCUUUCUCCUUUCCAUAUGAAAGUCAUCGUUAAGUUCGAUUUAUUACCAUUGCCGGCCGUUAUCAUUGCUCAAUUUGAGUGGUUCCCCACUCAAAUAUUUGCAUUGCGUGCAAAAAUUUUAUUAGAAUUUAAUUUCGAAUGCAUUUGCGCUGCGACUGCUACUGUUACUCUUAUACUGUUGCUGUUGUUUCUCUGGUUGCAAAGUAUAUAAACACGCGUUGAUUGUGCCUCCAGCUGUUGGGAGUUAUAGCGUCAGUCGUUGGUGUCGUAUAGGUGUAUAAGCUGAUUGUAUAGAAAGGAGCGCAGGCACGAAGAUGGGAAAGAGCAAUUGGUUGCGUUAAAGUGCAUACAUUUGGCCUACUGAGAAGAGGCAAUUGGCGUUAAGUGCCCAUUUGUGCCCAAGUGCCCUGCCACUGCCAUACAAUAUAUUAUAUGGAAUUCCCUGGUUUUUUUUUGUGAAAGAGGACUAAAUAAAAAGAAGGAAGAAAUGUUGUAGUUAUGGUAGCGGACUAAUAAUUUUGAUAUCGAUUAUCGGGAAUGUACAUAUACAUAUGGAAAGAAAGAACAGACAUUGUAACUUGUAAGCGGGAAUGACCUGACUAUACGACGAUGAGGGAAAUAAUGCUUACCGGGUGAAAAAAAAUGUGCGAAUGACUUUAAAACCCCCACCAAAAGAUGGCGUCACCAAAAGCAAUCCAUCAAAAAGACAUCGCGAACGUCUGAAUGCCGAAUUGGAUCUGCUGGCUUCAUUGCUGCCCUUCGAGCAGAAUAUUCUUAGCAAAUUAGAUCGACUGAGUAUACUAAGGCUGUCUGUUAGUUACUUAAGGACUAAAAGUUACUUUCAAGUUGUUAUGCAUAAGGACAAAGAAGAGAAUGGUCUAAUGCCGCACAUCCAUUCACAUGACGCGUACCGGACUCGAGAGCUUGGAGCCUUUGAACAUGGUCUUCUCGAUGGUGAUAUGUUCCUUCAGGCAUUAAAUGGAUUUCUAAUGAUCCUUACAUGCGAGGGGGAGGUUUUCUUUGCAACGCACAGCAUAGAAAGUUACUUGGGUUUCCAUCAAUCCGACAUCGUUCAUCAAUCAGUAUACGAGCUAGUUCAUUCCGAAGAUCGUGAAGAACUCCAACGCCAAUUACUGUGGAACUCCUUUCUACCCGCCGAUAUGUCCAGUAUGCAAUUGGCUGAUGCUUUAGCUCCAGACAAAACAGCAUUUCUCGAGCGAAGUUUUACCGUGCGCUUCCGAUGUCUAUUGGACAACACUUCCGGUUUCCUGCGUCUUGACAUACGUGGUCGAAUAAAAAUUCUUCACGGUCAAAAUCGCAAGACCGAAGAACCUCCCUUAGCACUAUUUGCCUAUUGUACACCAUUUGGACCGCCAAGUCUGUUAGAAAUUCCUCAUAAGGAAAAUAUGUUUAAGUCAAAGCAUAAGCUUGAUCUGUCGCUGGUUUCGAUGGAUCAAAGAGGAAAGAUGAUAUUGGGUUAUUCCGAUUCAGAACUGAUAAAUUUGGGUGGUUAUGAUUUGGUGCAUUAUGAUGAUCUGGCAUAUGUUGCAAGUGCACAUCAAGAAUUGUUGAAGACGGGAGCCUCUGGAAUGAUUGCAUAUCGUUACCAAAAGAAAGAUGGCGAAUGGCAGUGGCUUCAAACAAGUUCCCGUUUGGUCUAUAAGAAUUCCAAGCCAGAUUUUGUGAUCUGUACUCAUCGCCAGCUAAUGGACGAAGAGGGAAGGGAUCUUUUGGGCAAGAGAACAAUGGAUUUUAAAGUGAGUUACUUGGACACUGGACUGGCGUCGACGUAUUUUUCGGAAGCUGAUCAGUUGGUAGUAGCUCCAAGCGGAUCACCGAAUUCUCUUCCACCUCCUGUAACACCAACGAGGCCCAAUCGGCGGUAUAAAACUCAGCUUCGGGAUUUUCUAUCAACAUGUAGGUCGAAACGCAAAAUGCAACAGACAUCUCCACUUGGACAGGUAACUUCACCAGCUCCAGUUGUUGAAUACAUUCCCGAUCCAGCUGUAGCUGUCGCUGCUGCUUACUCCAAUCUCAAUCCAAUGUACACCACUUCGCCAUAUGCGUCUGCAGCUGACAAUCUUUACAUGAGUCCUUCGGUGCACUCAACAAACUUCUAUCCAGUUACCGAAAACAUCUUCCAUCAAUACCGGCUACAAGGUGUUAGUGGGUAUUACCCCGACUAUCAUCAUCACACAGCACCCCCAGCUUCCUAUGUUACAAAUGGUUUCCUAUCCUACGAUGGCUACACAAUCGCCCCCAAAGAAGACAAAUGGCAGGAAUCUAGUAAAUAUUACAGUGGCUAUAGCAGUGGCUAUGGAAGUCCGACCUCAACACCACAGAUAUCACUGAAAACGCCAAAAUCUUCCCCUCAAGUUAUGGAGGUAGUAUCCUGUUCGUCGGAUGGUCCGUCGCCAGUUAAUCCCGCUUCAUCGAUUCCGGCCAACUCGAGCACCACGAAUGGUGUAACACCGAAAGUUGAGAUGGCCUCUCAUGAUCCUUACGAACGUCAAACGGUUCUAAUGUGGGGUACAAGUGGCAGUCGUGAUGCAACACCCCGUUCGCCGCAAGAUGCUUCGCCAACAUCAGCUGCUGCCAAUGGAAUCUAUGGUGAUGGACAAUUGGUGAAUGGAACUGGUUCGGGGAAGGAUGGAAAAAUUCCUACUCCAGAAUCGUACCAUCUUCACCAACAUCCUGCGAGUGAUGAUGCAGCAAUGUAUGCUCAUCAUCGAAUAGCUGCGGAUGGUUCACACAUACAAUCACCGCAUAGCCAUUCAGCUGAGGCAUUGCUUCAUGUUGCAUCUAAUCAGCCAGUUAAUCAUUUGUCACAUCCUCAUGCCACCUCCCAUCAACAUCAUCAUCAUAGUGCUGUUGGUGCGACGGGCCAUCAGCAUCAACAUCACCAUCAUAUGCAGCAGCAAUCUGUUGUUGGAGCCGGUUCCAAUGGCAGCGAGGUAUGGAGUCCUGCGUCCUACUCGCAAUAUUCGCAGUAUUUUACUUAUCACCAUCACCACCACCACCACUCAGCCACUCAGCACGCUAGCACUCACUCAUCCAGCAGCAACAACAACAGCAAUCCAUCGCAUCAUUAUCCUUUGCGCAGCAACAACAGCCACUCCAGCGAAUACACGGAUGUCCAUCAUCAGCCUCAUCCAGUUCAUCACCAUCAUCCACCACAUCACCAUCCGGACAGCAACAGCAGCACCAACACCACAUCAACCAUCACCACCAACAACAACAACAACAACAGCAGCAGCAACAACAACAACAACAGCAGCAGCACCACCAACACCACCUCGCAAUCAUCGCAUCACCCAUCAUCAUCGCAGCACCAGCAGCCGCACCACCCACAUCCUCUACAUCCUCAUCCUCAUCAUCCUCGUCAUGCGGCGGCGGCAGCAGCGGUGGUGGCGGCAGCAGUGGCCACAGCAUCGGGAGGCACCAUAUCUCAAAUAUCACCGCUCACACAGCUCUCGCAUACGCAUCCAGUGCGUUCUCCGAUCAACCGGACGGGAGUCCUUUGUUGUCCUUCUCUGAGGUGACCAACACCUUAUUAAACCAAUAAACAAAAACACCAGG